AUGGAAAAGCAGCUGUCCAUCCGCGACCACCUCCGCAAAGCCAGCUGGGGAUGGUACUCGAUCUCGAUGGCGACCGGGGGCAUCGCGGUGCUGCUGUACAACACGCCGCACCAGUUCACGGGCCUCGAGACGAUUGGCAAGAUCGUCUACAUCUUCAACCUCGCCCUGACGUCCUUCAUCACCUUCUGCAUGACCGUGCGCUUCCUCUCGCAGCCCUCCGCGCUGAAAGAAUCCUUCCGCGACCCCGACGAGACACACUUCAUCGCGACAUGCCCGCUCACCGUGGCCACGAUCAUCCUCGGGGCGUCGAGCUACGGCACUGAAGCGUGCGGACGGUGGCUCAUCGUCGCCCUGCGCGUGGUCUUCUGGAUCUACGUCGCCGUCUCGCUGCUCCAAGCCAUCUUCCACAACUGGUACCUGUACCACCGCCACAUGGCCAGCCACCAGCCCAUGUCCAUCCUGCGCGUCCUGCCCUCCUUCCCCGCGAUGCUGGGCGGCACGAUCGCCUCGGUGAUCGCAUCGAACCAGCCCGCCGAGCACGCGAUCCCCAUCAUCGUCGGCGGCUUGACGUUACAAGGCUUCGGCUUCACCAUGUCCACGUUCGUCUACUCGGAGUACUUCUACAGCCUCAACAAAGACGGCCUGCCGGACCUCGACGACCGACCGAAGAUGUUCAUCGCCGUGGGGCCCUGGAGCUUCACGGGCCUGGCGCUGAUCGGGAUGGCCAGUGCCGCGGUGGAGAAGUUCCCAGCAGGCUACCUCAUUUCUUCCUCCGCCUCUUCCUCGGACGUAGCCGUCGCGACCGGGCAGAUUGCACUCGCGCUCGCGUCAUUGGUUGCAAUAUUCCUCUGGCUGCUUGCGUUCUUCUGCCUGUGCAUUGCGCUCUGCAGCAUGUUGGCGCCGUGCCGGGCGUUUGGGGGCGAGGGCGGGUGUCCGAUGUCGCUGACGUACUGGAGCAUGGUUUUCCCCAACACCGGGUUCGUGAUUGCCACGAUUAAGAUUGGACAGGUGCUGCAGUCCGAGGCCGUGCUGUGGGUGGCUUCGGCGAUGACGAUUCUGCAGGUGGCGGCGUGGUUGGGGGUGGGCGUGGCCACGGUGUGGAAGGUUGGGCAGUCUAUGUUUCUGUAG